UCACACAACUCUUGAGUUCUUCCAAAAUAUCAUUUGGAUUGUUUUGCAUUUAAAUUACUUUAAAAAAAAUCAAAUAUCAAGUUUUAAAAAUUCAGUAAAACGUUGCUGGAAAAAAAAUUAGAAACCUAAGAAAAUUGUUAAAUAAUAAACUGAAACGAGUGUUCUCUCAUAAUACUAUUACACUAGUGUAAGAAUCCUAAACUAAACUAAUUGUCAUUACUAGAGCUGGAGACAUUGCCCACCUCUCUAACGAGAACCCAAAGGAUCAAAUCUCGGGAGGCUUAUAGCAUUUUGUGCUUGUUCUUCAAUGGUCAACGUGAAUGAUUAACAAUUAAAUAAAUAGAUUCCCCUUAUUUUCUUAAAUAAACAAAAAAAAUACAAAUACCCAAUAAUAAACUUUGUUUGGGCUUUAGGCGUUAUUAAAAGCCCAAACUUUGGGCCUAAAGAAAAUGUUCGCGGAAAAAAAGUUUUUCUACAGUGAAACCAGAACGAGAGAGAGAGGCAAACAGAAUCUCAAGAUCGAAGUAACACUGAUGAAUUCGAAGGAUUGAAAGCAACAAUCUCUCAUUCGAUUUCUGCAAUUCAGCGGAGAUAGAGGCGAGGCAGUGUGAAGCAUAUCUCCAGAAUCGGGGAAGAGGAGGCAUUCAAAUCUGGCGAAAGUGGAGGGGUUAAGGGCGAGGCCGUGGCUCAAGCCAGGAUCUUAUGCGAAUGGAGAUCAAUACGACUACGACGGCGAUGAGGGUGACCAUUCGAGGCCUUGGUGGCGCCGUCGCCUCAGAUCCUUGUAUAUGGCGGCGAGUUCCUUUACUCCGUCCACUUUCCGGAUAGCAAUAUCGCUCCUCCUCCUUGUCGCUAUCGGCACCGCUUUCAUUUUUCUCCCCGUUGAACAGAAAUUGAAGGACUUCUUGUUAUGGAUUAAGGAAGAUCUUGGACCCUUUGGUCCAAUUGCACUGGCUUUGGCUUAUAUUCCCCUCACAAUUGUGGCGGUUCCUGCUUCUGUACUUACGCUAGGGGGUGGUUAUCUUUUUGGCCUCCCAGUUGGAUUUGUAGCCGACUCUCUUGGAGCUACGUUGGGUGCAACAGCAGCAUUUCUACUUGGUAGAACGAUUGGUAAAUCUUAUGUCACCUCAAAAAUAAAGCAUUACCCAAAGUUUCAAGCUGUUUCCGUUGCAAUUCAGAGAUCUGGCUUCAAGAUAGUUUUGCUGCUACGUGUUGUCCCCAUUCUGCCCUUCAAUAUGUUGAAUUACCUCCUAUCUGUCACCCCGGUUCGCCUAGGGGAAUACAUGCUGGCCACUUGGUUGGGAAUGAUGCCCAUUACGUUUGCGCUAGUUUAUGUUGGAACUACUCUGAAAGAUCUGUCUGAUAUUACACAUGGAUGGCAUGAAGUGUCAGUUUUUCGUUGGGUACUAAUGAUGGUUGGCAUUGCUCUAGCUGUAAUUCUGAUAAUAUGCGUAACAAGAGUGGCGAAGUCAUCAUUGGAGAAAGCAUUGGCUGAGAAUGCAACUGAUACAUUAGAUGGGAAGAAGAAUGAUGACACAUCCAUGCUCCCCAUUGCAGAACCACCACCACCAACGGAUCAUCUACACGAACCUCUCGACAUCAGAAUCGACCCAUAAGAAAGAACAAACAAAAGGAACCAAACCUCUUGAGUUUGUAAAUUUUCCAGAGAUUUUUUUACCGAGGGAGAAUAUUAUUUGAUAACGUUUUGUAUAGCCCAUAAUAAUACAUAGAUUCACCGUUUAAGUAAGUCGUUCCUUUUUCA